UGAUUGUUUUCAUGAGACCCCUCUCUUCUCCUCUGGAAAUUUUAGAUACUAAGGAAGAUGGAGAUGAGGAGAGUGAUGUCAAUUGUGGCAUGGGCAUUGAAGAAAAUGAAAAUGAAGUUUUAGAAGAAGAAGAAAUCGUGUUCGCACCGAUAGAGCAUCCCGUCGAACCUCCCGACGACGACCGGCCCGCCAAGUGCCCGAUGCCGGAGUCUUGCCCCCUAACUGAUGAAGGAGAAUUGAAGGAAUCAUUCAAGGAGAUCUUGCAAAAGGAAGCAGAAUUGUUGGUAGAAAUUGAAGAAAGUGCGGAUCAGCGACGUUCUGCGAAGGCCGAUCGGAAAAGGCAUCAUAGUGGUGCCACUGGAGAUCCUCCAAAGUUUCCGCAGUACAAUAUUUUUCAAGUGUUUCAACAAUGUAAACAACAUUAAGAUCGAAAAAAGCGCUUCGACGCAUCAUUGUAUUUAAAUGAUUGGUUUGGUGCUUUCUUGUAACUAGAUAGAUUGGUCCAAUGAUGAAAGUUGUGUCAUCUUUAAAAAGGUGUACAUGUAGAUAUGCAGAAUUAAGUAUUAGACUCUGCCCCCAACUAAAGCUGGGAAUUGGCCUCUCAAAUUUUGAAUGGUA